AUGAUAAAGCUAUAUCCAAGACGAAUAUUUAUCAAGUUAGUCUUAUUCCUUACAGUGUUUUAUGCCAUUUUUAUAUCAAUAAAAUUAAUACUAUCUCAACCAAAUCUCCGACAGUAUUCAUAUUUAAUAGACCAAAAAAUAAACCUCAAAUACAAUGAAAUAUAUUUCAAUUUACUAGCCUCAAAACAUGACUUUGACUCAAAUACCUUUUUCCAAAAGCAGGUUGAAAAAAUUACUGAAACAUCAAUUACCAACGAUAAACUUAGUAUGCUAUGGAAUCUAGAGAAAUCAGGUUUUAAACAAGAGGAUACACUGAUUUUCGAAAUUGAAACACCUUCCUAUUUUUUUGAAAAUAUCGAAUCCCCUAUGGUACAACCAUUUGACUCACGAUUUACCAUUGGAAUAUAUUACCAAUACUUGCAAAAUGUAAAUUCAUCAGUUCCUUUCCAUUGGUCUGACUGGGUCGACUUAUCAAAGAUUUAUAAAUUUCUAAUCAAUAUCGAAGAUACAAGAGAAAAUGUAUGCUCUACCAUCUUUGAUAUCUCAUCACAAACUGAGCUUAUCAAAGGUUCACAAAUUAAACAAGUGGAGGAAUAUUGCCGAUACGAGCCUGAUUCUUUACUUGGAUACAAGAUUAUCAAAGAAACAGGUCCACAAACUGUGCAAAAUCGUGAACUUUUAGGUAAAUCGUACUUGUUUUCCACAGCUCCAUCACCAAGGAAAUUGAUAUUUUUAACAAAUAAUGGCUCGUUUCAAGCAAAUGUUGAAACUCCUUUAAAUCAAUUGGAAAACUCGAUAUUGUACAACGACAUGAUCAACAACUUACAAAAUCCAACAAAGGUUAAUGUAUUGCAUAAUUAUAAUUCGUUGAUUUCUUCAGCACAAUUGCAACAGCAGCAUAUCACGCAACAAGAGUUGACUUAUCAAGUGUUGGGAAUUCCAAAAGCUGAUUUCAAUAUUGAUCCGGAAACUGUAAUUAACCAACUAUCUUCUAGCAAACUACCGCUUUCUGAUAUGGAACAGCAAUUUCUUAGCUCACUCAAAUUCAGCCACGGUAAUACCGAUCCCCCAAAAUAUUUUUACGAAGCUAAACUUUUGAAUUCUAUUCCUGAUGAUUGGCAAGGAGAGCAUUAUGAUUGGAGAUUUUUCAACGGUUUGACUGUUGGCAAGGAUAAACAGGCCAUUGUGUUACAUCGACUAGUCAAGAACUAUCUCAAUUUCGCGCGCAAUCAUGGAAUAAUCACGUGGAUAGCACACGGCUCGUUGCUUAGUUGGUAUUGGAAUGGAAUGGCGUUUCCUUGGGAUACUGAUAUUGAUGUACAAAUGCCCAUAGCUGAAUUGUACAAGCUCGGCCAACAUUUUAAUCAAACAUUAGUUAUUGAAAAUGCUGCUGAUGCAAAUGGUGAGUUUGAUGGUAUGGGAAGAUACUUUGUGGAUGUUGGAUCUUCAAUUACCAGUCGAAUCAAGGGAAAUGGUAAUAAUGCAAUUGACGCGAGAUUUAUAGAUGUUGAUACUGGACUAUAUAUUGACAUCACUGCUCUUGCAAUGACUGAUGCAAAAUCGCCAUCGAGAUACGAUUCAAUGGUUUCACAGCUAGGCAAGGAUGCCCAAAUGAGAGUAAAAAAUGCUAGAGGCGGUGAAGCAGGAAAAGAUGCAAACUAUGAAAUAAUCAAUAGUGAAUUGCAGCUUUAUAAUUGUCGAAAUAAUCAUUUCACAUCGUAUGCUGAAAUAAGCCCACUUGUGCGAACAACGGUUGAAAAUCAAAUAAGUUACAUUCCUUAUAACUUCAUCACCAUAUUGAAUGAUGAGUACAAUCUACUGUCUUUAUCCAAGAAAAAUCAUCGAGCAUUUACUUUUUUAAAUAACUUGCGAUUAUGGUUUGACACCAAAAUCAUCAAAAGCCAUCUUGAUAGAAAAAACAGUGAUAUAUCAAGUGAAGAACUCACAUAUGGGGAAUUACACGCUAUAAACAAACUAUCGGUAAAGGACCACUUGAAUUUAUUAGCAUCAAAUCCUGCUCUCCUUAAGGAAUGGCUUCAGACUCAUAAAUUCACCAAAUUACAUUCUCAAGAGUUGAAAUUGAUUCGUAAUCAAGAUUUCAAAAGUGUUCAAAAUCUACAAAAGGAUAAGGAGAUUGGAAAACCAUUAAGAAGUGAUUUGUUUAUGGAUUUAGUACAUCAUGAUGAGGAUUUGAAAUCAUUGAGUUUUGAAGAACGAGCAAAGAAGUUUUCUAAUUGGUAG